GCCGUAUCAAGCUCCUCGAGGAUAGAUAUGGCAGGAGUCCCGAUGUCGUUACCGAUCUAGAUGACCAGGAGAGCGAGGAGCUUAUGGGAGCUCUACUUGAGCUUCGGAAUCAGCUUCGAAAUCUACAAUGGUUUGGCGAAAUUAACCGCAGAGGUUUCGUCAAGAUUACCAAGAAACUGGAUAAGAAAGUGCCCAAUACGACUACUCAGGAGCGAUAUAUCACGACGAAGGUCGACCCUAAGCCGUUUGCUAAGGAUACCACCACCGUGCGGUUGAUCAAUGAGAUUAAUAAGUGGCUGUCAGCUCUUGGAGAUGCCCAAAAUCUUGACGAUACCGCAUCAGUAAAAUCUACGCGUUCAGUUCUUUCACUCGGAAGAGUGACCGCCAAGGCUAUGUUAAGCGUCCCGCAAACCAUCCUCGAUAAGCUUGACGCAGCAAUUCGCAAGGACGACGUCAGGGCCUUGGAGGGUUGCCUGACCUCCGAAAAUUUGGUUACUCCCGAACAGGCUUCCCAGGAAAUGUUGCUCAACCUCCUUCAACGUUCCAUUUCUGCUCGGUCAAAGGCUUGUAUCGCUUAUCUUUUGAAACAGACCAAGUCGUUAGAUGAGCCGAGUGAUUUAAACGAGCGGAACUGCGUCCAUCGUCUAGUCAUCCACAUCGGAAGAAGUAAAUCAUCUCUGGCUAGCGAUCUGGAACCUAAUGCCGUUUCCCUCCCGAUCAAGUCUCACUACAAUAGCCAUUAUAUUGCACCAGCCCAGACCAACGGUUCUGCAACGACACGUUCAGUUAACGGCAACGGUUCUGGUCCACAACUGUUGAGCAAAGAAGACGAAACAGUGCAGAUUUUAUGCUACCUUUUAGAUUGUCUCCAGGAUGGUCAACGCUCUGCUUUGAUCAGUAAAGACUCUCUGGGUCGUAUCCCGUUGCAUUAUGCGGCGCAAUUCGGUUUCGUCGUCCUUUGCCAAGUCCUCAUGGCAAAAAUGCAAGAAUGGGGGCAAUUCAAUGUCGAGGAUGGAAUUGACGCUCCGCAAUGGCAGGAUAAGGAAGGCAACGCGCCGCUCCAUCUUGCAGUUAUUGGCGGUCAUCCGUUAACCACGAAAUGCCUCUUGCAAGGUGAGAAUUGGCAGGGUCUGACUCAUAAAGAAGGAAGGAAGCCUGUUUCCAAGUCCAGCGCAGUGUUGGCAUUGGCCACGAAAUCAAAUUUCGUAUACAUUAUACGACUGCUAGUAGAAGCUGGUGUUGACAUCAACUGGCAAGACGAGACGGGCGAGACCGCGCUACAUAUUGCCGCUAGGUUUGGACAUGCCGAUUGUGCCAAGAUUUUGCUCGAGGGUUCAGCCGAACAGAAGGCAAACCUGGAAUUGACGGAGAAGUCUUUUGCCUGGACUCCUCUACAUAUAUCAGCUGUAGACGGCCAUUUCGAUGUUGCGCAGCUCCUGGUGGAAGCUGGAGCAGAUGCCGGAAAAACGGACUCUUUUGGAUGGACGGCUAAAGAGCAUGCAGCUUUAAGGGGGCAUCUGAAAAUUGCGAAGCUCCUUGCGGAGUACACAGUCAGCUCCCCAUCUCUCAACGCCGUGGAGGACAUCGAAACGCCAUCGUCUGGACCAUCGACGCCUCCAGAAACAUCAUCCCUCGAAGACCGAAAGUCUGACGGAAGCACCCGAAUCGCGGAGCCGAUCAAGUCCUUUGGACAUCGCUACCUCAGGGACCGCAGUCUCGUGCUGGUGAGUCUGGGCUCUAUGGAUAUGCGGAAGAACAUCGAGGCUGUGAAGCUCGACCGUGUUCCCCUAACAGAAGCCCAUAUGAAUCAACUCGACACAGCUCUGUCCGUCGUGGUUUCAGCACAAGGCGCCCAGGGGGAACCGACCAUCAUCGACCUCCCGGUGCAUGAAAACAUCUCUACCGAGCCAAUCUUGUUCACCACCUCCGACGCUUCCAAUGUCAGGCUACUCUUCGACAUUGUGCCAACCUACUCUGGAAAUGAGAAAAACAAGGUAGGCCGUGCUGUAGCACUGCUAUCAUCUGUACGCCCAUCAAUCGGGGCAAAACGAAUGAACCUUCAAGGUGACAUAUGCGUGCCGAUUAUGGGCGCGAAUCUUGAAGUCAUCGGCGCCGUCAACUUCAAUUUCCUCAUCAUUACACCAUUCUCUCACCCAAACAUGGAGAUCAACUCGCAGCAAACAUACUGGAAGAAGCUGUCCUCCACCAUGGUUUUCGGUCAUCGUGGUUUGGGCAAGAAUUUCCUCGAGAAUAAAUCGCUCCAGCUGGGAGAGAACACAGUCUCGUCAUUCAUCGCUGCGGCCAAUUUAGGAGCUCACUAUGUCGAAUUUGAUGUCCAGCUAACUAAAGACCACGUCCCAGUCAUCUACCAUGAUUUCUUAGUGAGCGAGACAGGGAUAGAUGCGCCAGUUCAUACAUUAACCUUGGAGCAAUUCCUUCACAUUAACAACGAGUCGCAAUCAAGAUCCGGAAGAGCCUCCCCGGAGAGGAAGAAGAGCGAGACGAACGGAAAUGGUACGAAAGAACCUGGAUCGCGGCAAAGAUCUCUUUCCGUGGACUUGGCCAAGGGGGUCAAGGACAAUCUGAACGAGCGUAUGAAAUACACGCUCAACUUCAAGAAGAAAGGAUACAAGGCCAACACUCGUGGCAAUUUCGUCCAGGCGCCCUUUGCGACACUUGAGGAGCUCUUCAAGAAAAUACCGGAGAAUGUAGGGUUCAACAUCGAGAUGAAGUAUCCUAUGCUAUUCGAGAGCGAGAAAGAAGACAUGGAUACAUAUGCUAUUGAGCUCAAUUCAUUCUGCGACACGGUUUUGACCAAGGUUUAUGACAUGACCAAGCAUCGUCACAUUAUCUUCAGCAGCUUCAACCCAGAUAUCUGUCUCUGUCUCAGCUUUAAACAACCUAGCAUUCCGAUCCUAUUCCUGACUGAUGCAGGAACGGAGGAGGUCAGCGAUAUCCGAGCCAGCAGUCUUCAGGAGGCUGUACGUUUUGCUAGUCGGUGGAACCUUCUUGGCAUUGUGAGCAACGCAGAGCCGUUCGUAAACAGCCCUCGGUUGGUGAAGGUGGUCAAACAGACCGGAUUGGUCUGCGUUAGUUAUGGAACACAGAACAACGACCCUUCUUUAGUCCAGGUAAGUUGCCUCAUCACUCUAUUUGCGCGUGAGUGAACGAAGAACUAAUCAAGGUAUUUUCUAUAUAGCGGCAAGUUAAAGAAGGCAUUGACGCGGUGAUCGUGGACAAUGUACUAGCGAUCCGCCGGGGAUUGACCAAGGAUGAUGAUUGAUUAUCACUCUAUGCAUAGGGCUGAAGAGGACGAACCGAAAUGUUGGUUCUGAUAGUCAAAUCAGAGAAGAUAUUAUCUGUGAAGUAGUAAUAUGAAUUCGCAGAGUAUGUGGUGAUAUAUGACAUUAUAUCAUUACUAGAUCAUGAAUGGAUCGUUAGUUAACAUGUGUUACGGCGUUACAGCG